UGCUUCUUCCUUCAAUUUCAGCGCCUUCCCCCCAAGCUCCCAGCAGCCAAGCUUCCCUAAGCGCAGACUGAAACGUGAACGUCUCACCCAAGCCCCUUGCGACAGGCAGGCCAGUCUUGCGUCUCUUCCUUUUUCUUUCUAUGACAAUGGGUGCAACACAAGAGAACGGUGAUGAUGAGAUGGACCAAAAAGUAAAGAAGUAUCUUAGAGGAGAAGCUGCUAAUUUGGAGGGAUUAAAAGACAAAAAACUAAAGGGUCAACUUGCUGUAAGAGAAGAGUUGUAUGGAAAAUCUGCCAAAGCUGCUGCCAAGAUUGAGAAAUGGCUUUUGCCAAGUGAGGGUGGCUAUUUGGAGGCAGAAGGUAUAGAGAAAACAUGGAGGAUCAAGCAAGAAUCCAUUGCUCGAGAGGUGGAUAUCUUAAGCUCAAGGAGCCAGUAUGAUAUUGUUUUACCAGAACUUGGUCCAUAUACUCUAGAUUUCACCUCCAAUGGUCGGUAUAUGGCAGCUGCUGGACGCAAGGGCCAUCUGGCUAUUAUUGAUAUGAAGACAUUAAACCUAAUUAAAGAGAUUCAGGUCAGAGAGACAGUACGUGAUGUAGUGUACUUGCAUAAUGAACUUUUUUUUGCUGCUGCUCAGAAAAAGUACCCUUAUAUUUAUAAUCGUGAUGGAACUGAACUUCAUUGUUUAAAGGAACAUGGUGCAGUACUAAGACUCCAGUUUCUUAAAAACCACUUCCUCUUGGCAUCAAUAAACAAGUUUGGGCAGCUUCAUUAUCAGGAUGUUACAAUGGGUGAGAUGGUAGGUAAUUUUCGGACUGGGUUGGGCUGCACAGAUGUUAUGCAGGUCAAUCCAUUCAAUGGAGUUGUUGCCUUAGGUCAUUCAAGUGGUACAGUAACGAUGUGGAAGCCCACCAGUGCUGCUCCACUUGUAAAGAUGUUGUGUCAUCCAGGACCUCUCUCAUCGUUGGCAUUCCACCCCAAUGGCCAUCUCAUGGCUACAUCUGGGAAAGAAAAAAAAAUCAAGAUUUGGGACCUGAGGAAGUUUGAGGUUAUCCAAACAUUGCCAGGCAAUGCAAAGACCUUGAAUUUCAGUCAGAAAGGCUUGCUUGCUGCUGGAACUGGCUCAUUCAUACAAAUUUUAGCCGAUUUUUCUGGAUCUCAGAAUUAUAGCAGAUAUAUGACUCAUUCUAUGGCAAAAGGUUACCAGGUGGGAAAAGUUUUAUUUCGACCAUAUGAAGAUGUACUGGGAAUAGGGCACUCCAUGGGUUGGUCUAGUAUUCUAAUUCCAGGAUCAGGGGAACCCAACUUUGAUUCUUGGGUGGCAAACCCAUUUGAAACAUCUAAACAGAGGCGAGAGAAGGAAGUGCACUCUCUGCUUGACAAGCUUCCCCCUGAAACAAUCAUGUUGGACCCAACAAAGGUUGGUACAGUGAGAGCAGCAAGAAAGAAAGAGAAGCCAACAAAGGAGGAGAGAGAAGCAGAAAUGGAAGCUGCUGUUGAAGCUGCCAGGGAUACUGACUUUAAAAAGAAAACAAAGGGAAGGAAUAAGCCAAGUAAGAGAGCAAAAAAGAGAAAGGAGAUUAUAGAUAGAGCCAAGAGGCCCUUCUUGGAGCAAAGAAUAGAGGAACAAGAAAUGUCUAGAAAGAAGCAGAAAACUAAUGUGGAAACAGAAAUGCCAAAAAGUUUGCAGCGGUUUGUUCGUCAGAAAGCAACUUAAUUAUGUUAAAUUUGAUUGCUCUAAGCAUCAUAAAAGAUAGAGUGCUGUUUUUUUUUUUUGCCCUCCACAAUUUCUGCUCAUCUGACUAAAAAAAGUAUUGGAAUCAGCGAGAGCAGAGAUGUGUAUGCUUUCUGUUCUAUACAUGUAGAAGUAAAAUAACUUGAUUGUGGUUAUUUUUGAUCAAUAGCUUGAUUCCUGCAUUUAGCAUGGAAGUUGGAACCUAUAUUGUCUAAUGAGGAUCAGAAAACUGAUUUAAGUUUUGAGGUGAGAUUUAGUUCAGGUAUGUACCAUCGACUUCCCUAACCAAUUUGAAUUGAGAUUGGGUUUCUACUUUCUAGAGGUGGAUUUGAGUUGACUUUAGUAUUAUGUUUUACACUGCAAAGACAUAGCAGGUUCUAUCUACAUUUUGGAGGCGCAUAUAUAGCUUUGGAUCAUUUCAGUUUGGGUGGUUUCAAUAUUAGGUUUAUGUCCUUGAUUGUUUUUCAAUAACUAGGAUCUGUUGGGAAUUUUGUGCACGUUAAAGUCAAUGUUGUUUAGUUUUUUUUUUUAUUAUUUUUUUUUAUUUUUAUAGAAGAAAGUCGUAAUUUGGAGAUAUGAGUUACCUAUGUUAAAAUUUAAAUUUCAGAUUUAUUGUAUGUCGUGUUUUAAGAGUUAAAUUUAAUACUAUUUGCUUUUGGACAACUUAAUGAUUGGCUUGUAGUCUUGUAAAGAGAAAUUAGCUGCUGCCUUUAAAACAAGGAACCAAAGUGCACAUGAAGUUCUAGAACAAAACUUGACAUA